AUCCCUCACACCUCAUCAUGCUCUCACACGCACACUUCCUGGGUGUUUGUUUACAGGCUGACACCACGGCGACAACAGUGCAUUCACUCACAGACACACACACAGACACACACGCACACGCACACACACGCACACACACACGCACACACACACACACCCCAAUAACUCAGGCUCUUAUUGACCCGGACAACAACAUCAUCGCACACUCUUAUUCAGCGUUUCACCACCUUUUUUAAUUUGGCAGUUCGGGCAUCGUUCAGUGAACAUUAUAGGAAGGGGACACCUGUAACUGAGGAGCGGGAGUUGGCGCCUCUGAUCUGGGAUCAGAUUUUGGAGGGGUCCACGGUGGCAAAACAGGCUGCAGCAGGAUCAGCGGGACCAACCAUCUGACCAGCAUAAAGUCUGUCGGUCAUCCUGGGAUCUACAGAGGCGAGCGGGGUGCCGGUGUCGGCCAUGAAGCUGGUGAACGGGGGAGGACGAGGUGGAGGAGGUAGCGGAGGAGGAGGCGAAGGAGGAGGAGGAGGAGAGAAGACUGCCUUUUCCUUUAAGAAGUGCUCUGCUUUCCAGUUUGUCAAGAGGAAGGUGCGGAGAUGGAUGCGGAACCCCAAGGUGAGCGUGGACAAGGCUCAGGGGAAAGGCCUUCACUACCCCUGUCCAAAGUGUCCGCUGGCGGACGACCUGUGGUACACGCACAUCGCCUCGCCUUACGACUGCUGUCACUACGGUGGCCCGCAGGGCGGCCAGUACUACCACCAUGAGCCGUGCUCGCCGUGCCCUGCCAGUGGCCAAACCAGCGGCCAUGACAAGGGCAAAGGCUGCAAGGUCAGGAAGUGGAAGAUGCUGGGUCGCCAUCACGGCGACGGCGCAGGCCAGCAGAAGGAAGCAGAGUCCAACUUCCAUCUGGGCGGCUGUCAGUCCUGGGGGAUCCACGCAUCGCCCCUCCUGGCCAGCCCUGUGAUGGUGGAGUGCUCCGUCUGCAGUGGGCCCUACAUCAGCUACGCCAUGGAGGAUAUCUGGCAGCCACGCCAACGCACGCAGGCGAUGGACCUGUACUACCACAGUGAGUCAGACCCAGACAGCUACGGUUGCCCUGGCGACAACACGUUCAUGAAACAGAGGAGGAUGGGUCUGAACGACUUCAUUCAGAGGCUUGCCACAAACUCCUACGCCUGCAAGCACCCUGAGGUCCAGUCUAUUCUGAACUUAAGUCCUCCUCAGGAUGCAGAGCUCAUGAACACAAACCCUUCUCCUCCCCCCAGUCCAUCCCAACAGAUCAACCUCGGUCCGUCCUCCAACCCCUCGGCCAAACCCAGUGACUUCCACUUCCUCAAGGUGAUCGGCAAGGGCAGCUUCGGCAAGGUCCUGCUGGCACGCCACCGCACAGACGACCAGUUCUACGCCGUCAAAGUCUUACAGAAAAAGGCCAUCCUCAAGAAGAAGGAGGAAAAGCACAUCAUGUCAGAGAGGAAUGUGCUGCUAAAGAAUGUCAAGCACCCGUUCUUGGUUGGUCUGCACUACUCUUUCCAAACAGCAGACAAACUCUACUUCAUCCUGGACUACAUCAACGGUGGAGAGUUGUUCUACCACCUGCAGAGAGAGCGCUGCUUCCUCGAGCCCAGAGCCCGGUUCUACGCUGCGGAGAUCGCCAGCGCCCUGGGCUACCUCCACUCCCUCAACAUCGUCUACAGAGACCUGAAGCCCGAGAACAUCCUGCUCGACUCGCAGGGACACAUCAUCCUCACAGAUUUCGGCCUGUGCAAGGAGAACAUCGAACUCAACGGGACCACGUCGACCUUCUGCGGUACGCCAGAGUAUUUAGCUCCCGAGGUGCUCCACAAGCAGCCGUACGACAGGACGGUAGACUGGUGGUGUCUAGGAGCUGUUCUCUAUGAGAUGCUCUAUGGCCUGCCCCCGUUCUACAGCCGCAACACAGCGGAGAUGUAUGACAACAUCCUGAACAAGCCGCUGCAGCUGAAACCCAACAUUUCCAACUCGGCCAGACACUUGCUGGAGGGCCUGCUGCAGAAGGACCGGACCAAGAGGCUGGGCUGCACAGAAGACUUUAUUGAAAUUAAGAACCACGUAUUCUUCUCUCCCAUCAACUGGGAUGACCUCAAUGCCAAGAAGAUCACCCCUCCCUUCAACCCCAACGUGACUGGGCCCAACGACUUGCGGCACUUUGACCCAGAGUUCACCGAUGAGCCGGUGUCCAGCUCCAUCGGCUGUUCCCCAGACAGUGCACUUGUCACAGCCAGCAUCAAAGAGGCUGCCGAGGCCUUCGUGGGCUUCUCCUAUGCCCCGUCUAUGGACUCCUACCUAUAGGAUUUAAACACAGACGCUCAAAGGAGACCAGUUUAGAUUUACCGGGCAUGAACUGUGUCCACGGAUCUGCAUCUUGACCCCCGCCCAACACGUCCCGUCAUGGUGAUGGAUACUUCCGAACCCAGCCCCUGCAACGACUCUGCAACUACGACUGUAUACGUGUGCAUUGCCAAUUCUCUCCAGCUCUUGAAUGGAAUCAAAAAGACUUGCUAGAAGAGGAUUCCUGCCACUCACAACCACUCGUUGGGGUUGGUUUCCUCCAUUUCACCAUGAUCUACCAAUGCACAAACAUUUUUCAGCCUUCCACCGUGGACACAAAUCAACAUCCCUCUUCAGCCUUCGAUUGCCCAGCUCUAAUCUGAUAGUGGAGGGCCUUCACACAAAGCUCAGGCAGUUUAAGACCCCCCCUCGACCCUGAAGUCACAACUGACAAGCACACCAACCUCCACCCUUUUUGUCAAAAGACAAAGGCUGGACCGCACUGUACCAGCCCCG